AUUGCGGUUGGCGAUGUCAUUGACCUCGAAGGAUUCGGCGGCGAGAUCCAGACCAAUGAUGGCGACACGACUUCUCUGAAGAAGCUUGUCGACGACAGCAAGAGCGGUGUUGUCCUCUUUACCUAUCCCAAGGCCUCGACACCCGGAUGCACUACCCAAGUGUGCCUCUUCCGCGACUCCUAUGACCCUCUUACUGCUGAUGGUCUCGCUAUCUACGGUCUGAGCGCUGAUUCCACCAAGGCAAACACCACCUUCAAGGAGAAGCAGAAGCUGCCCUACCCCCUUCUUUGCGAUCCUCAGGCCACUCUCAUUGGCGCCAUUGGACUUAAGAAGCAGCCUAAGGGAACUCAGCGCGGAGUCUUUGUCGUUAACAAGGAGGGCAAGGUGCUUGUUGCCGAGGCUGGCGGCCCUGCUGCUACGGUGGACAGGGUCAAGGCUCUGGUCAAGGAGCUCAAGGGAGAGAACUAG